GUCAUUUCCCCCAACCCAUCCCCUUAGAAAAACUCCCCCUCCCUUCUUUCCAUUUCUCAGCCAAUCGUCCCCGUCAGGUUGCCGGCAACUUCCCCUCAAAAUACCGCCGCAAUGACAAGACUACCCUUUCUCCGCCUCCUCCUCCUCUUCCUCGCCGCCGUACCCUUCCACGUAAUUUCUCAGGACGAACGGACCAUCCUCCUCAACCUCAAGCGCCAGCUCGGCGACCCACCUUCCCUCCAAUCCUGGACCGCCACCACCGCCGCCUGCUCCUGGCCGGGAAUCACCUGCACCGAAGACGGCGGCGGCGGCGCCGUCACCGAGCUCCUCCUCUCCAAUCAAAACAUCACGGUUCCGAUCCCCUCAACGGUCUGCGACCUCAGAAACCUCACCCGCCUGAUCUUGUCAUGGAACUACAUCCCCGGCGGCUUCCCAACCAUUCUCUACAACUGCUCCAAGCUUCAGUACCUCGACCUCUCCCAGAACUACUUCGUGGGACCACUCCCCGGCGACAUCCACCGCCUCUCCACCUCCCUCGCCUUCAUCGACAUCGGCGGGAACAACUUCACCGGCGACAUCCCUUCCUCCAUCGGCAACCUCACCAGCCUCCGCUCUCUGUAUCUCUACCAGAACCAAUUCAAUGGGACUUUCCCUAAGGAGAUCGGGAACCUCGAAAAUCUCGAGGAAUUGGGGAUGGCGUAUAAUGGGUUUGUUCCUUCUCCAAUUCCUCCCGAGUUCGGUCGGCUGAAGAAGUUAACCUACGUUUGGAUUCGAAACGCUAACUUGAUUGGGGAAGUGCCGGAGUGGUUGGCCGAUAAUUUGAAUCUCGAGCACAUCGAUUUGGCCGGGAACAAUUUGGAAGGCGGGAUUCCAAGCGGGUUAUUCACGCUCCCAAAUCUGAAGUUUCUCUACCUAUUCCACAAUGAACUGUCCGGCGAGAUCCCGACGAAGGUGGAGACGUUGAAUUUGACGGAAAUUGAUAUUUCAAUGAACAAUCUCACGGGCUCUGUUCCCGGGGAGUUUGGGAAGCUGCAGAAGCUGGAGAUUCUGAAUCUAUUCAACAACAAAUUACACGGGGAGCUUCCCAGCAGCAUCGGCCUGCUUCCAUCGCUGAAAGAGAUCAAGAUAUUCACCAACAACUUCACCGGGGAACUGCCGCCGGAGAUGGGUUUACAUUCACAACUCGAGAUUUUCGAUAUCGCGACGAACGGAUUCUCCGGCAAGCUCCCGGCGAAUCUCUGCGCUGGAGGGGUGCUUGCUGGGCUGGUUGCGCAGUCGAACCAUUUGAGCGGAGAGGUUCCUAGUUCGAUUGGGGAUUGUGGGACUCUGAGAACGGUUCAGCUCUACGGCAACAAUUUUUCAGGGGAGGUUCCGUCGGGGAUAUGGACGGCGGUCAACAUGACGUACUUGAUGCUCAGCGACAAUUCGUUCUCCGGCGCACUCCCGGCCUCCAUAGCCUGGAAUUUGUCGAGAUUGGAGAUUAACAACAACAGGUUUUCAGGGCCGUUACCCAAAGGAGUCGCGAAUUGGAAAGGCCUGGUUGUUUUCGAAGCCAGCAACAAUCAGAUCUCCGGCGAGAUCCCGGUGGAAUUAACCAGCCUUUCAAGUCUAACCACACUCCUACUAGAUGGGAACCAGCUGUCCGGCCAAAUUCCAUCCACGAUUCUGUCUUGGAGAUCGCUCUCCUCUCUGGAUCUCUCGAGAAACAAGCUCACCGGCUCAAUCCCGCCGGCGGUUGGGGACCUACCCGACCUCCUCGAUCUGGACCUUUCCGAAAAUCAACUCUCCGGCGAUAUCCCCAAGGAGUUCAGCAAUCUCCGGCUAACCGCCCUCAAUUUGGCGUCAAAUCAACUCUCCGGGAAAAUUCCAGACGAUUACAACAAUCUCGCUUACGAGAACAGCUUCGCAAAUAACUCGAAUCUCUGCGCCGUGAACCCAGUUCUAAACCUUCCCAACUGCAGAAACCGAGGCGGCGGAAUCAACGGCGGCAGCUCGAGCAAUAGACUUUCCCCAAAGUAUCUAGCCAUGAUCCUCGCGCUGGCGGUGAUCGUAUUCCUGUUCGCCUCUCUGGUCACAUUCUCGGCCAUUAGGGAUCUGAGAAGGAAGAAGCACAGACGAGAUCUCGCGGCGUGGAAGCUGACGUCGUUCCAGAGGGUGGAUUUCACGGCGGCGAACGUUUUGGCGAGCCUGACGGAGAGAAACGUAGUGGGAAGCGGCGGGUCGGGUAAAGUUUACCGGAUUCCUUCCAACAGGGAAGGGCAGUUCUUGGCCGUGAAGCGGAUUUGGAGCAAUAAUGUGGAGCUUGACGAGAAGCUGGAGAAGGAAUUUGCUGCGGAGAUUCAAAUCCUGGGCACGAUCAGGCACGCCAACAUAGUCAAGCUGUUGUGCUGCAUUUCGAGCCCCGAUUCGAAGCUGUUGGUGUACGAGUACAUGGAGAAUCGGAGCCUCGACAGGUGGCUCCACCGCGGCGAAUCGGCGUCGGAGACGAAUGCUGCUGAUGUGCUGGAUUGGCCGACCAGGCUGCAGAUCGCGUCUGGAGCUGCACAGGGUCUCUGCUACAUGCACCACGAGUGUUCUCAACCGAUCCUUCAUAGAGACGUGAAAUCCAGCAACAUCCUUCUGGAUUCUCAGUUCAAACCUCGAAUCGCAGAUUUCGGGCUGGCGAAGAUGUUGUCCAAGUCUGGAGACCCUGAGACUGUGUCUGCGGUAGCAGGCUCGUUCGGAUACUUCGCUCCAGAGUAUGCUUACACGACGAGAGUGAACGAGAAGAUCGACGUGUACAGUUUCGGAGUGGUGCUGCUGGAGCUGGUGACUGGAAGGCAGGCGAACUGCGGAGGAGAGAACACUAGCCUGGCGGAAUGGGCAUGGCGACAAAUUGGAGAAGGCAAACCAGUGGAAGAUUGUCUUGAUGAGGAGAUCAAGGAAGGGAGCAAUGUAGAGGAAAUGAUGACAGUGUUCAAGUUAGGGUUGAUAUGCACGAGCACAAUGCCAUCGACGAGACCCUCGAUGAAGGAGGUCGUGCAAGUUCUGAGGAGACUGUGUCCGAUAGAGUACGAGAAGAACGGGGAGAAGAGGAACUACGACAGCAAGGGUGGUCGCGAGUUCGACGUGGCCCCUCUGCUUGGCAAUGGGGUUGCCUAUCUAGCUAGUUACAGGCGGAGCAAGAAGGUGACAGACGUUGAUAUUGAUGACACCUACAGCGUAUGAACUUCUGCCAUUUCUCUAGUCUUGUUAGUACACUGUAGAAUAACAUCCCAUGUAAGUGGUCAAUAGAGAACCAGGUUUUGCACAAACGAGGGAACAGAGGGAAUGUAUAUAUUAUAUGGCUAUGACAAUAA